AUGAACUCACUAUUUUCUAAAUUUCGUCAAUAUUUAACACCAAAUUAUCACCAUCCUUCAUCAAAACAAUAUGUAAAUAGGGAGUUUUUAAAAAGAAAGAGAGAGCAAGCUUCGAGAGUUGGUAACUAUUUUGCUAUAACACAAAAACGUUCCACGAUAGGAUUACCACAAACUUCACAUAGGGUUAUGGAAGCAUUGGGUUUACGUAAAAUAGGACAUACUGUUUAUCAUUCACAAACACCAUAUAUUGUUGGUAUGAUUAUAAAAGUUAAAGAGUUGUUAUCAGUGAGAAUGAUUGAUCGAAUACCUUCACUUGAAGAGAGAUCUAAACGUGCAGAGAGUGUUUUAUUUUAA